AUGGGUGACCUGUCAAUUUCCAACCCAAAUGUCGAAAAGAAAGGCACUGGUGACAAAGCCGACAACGGUAACGACAAACCUCCAGGCAUCAAUCAGGUUCAACAUCAGAGAGCCACCCAAUCCUCGGCGUCGGCCCCAGCAAAUACGACCAAGAACCCGACAGGGGAUGCGUCUAAGGGCACUGAAGAGAUCAAGAACAAGACCAGGAAGAUAACUGAAGACAGAGAUCUUCCGCAAAGACCCCAUUACAGUGCGCAGGGAAACGAGGUCAAGCUGUUGGCGAACUUUGUUGAGAUUAAGCCAGAAAAGGACAAAUUACUGUAUUGGUACAACCUCAAGAUCGCUCGUAAUGUUGACAAGGAAAAGGGCUUACCAUCGGGAAAGAAGAUGAGCUACCUGAUUCCGUUGAUUAUCAGGAGAAAUGAGGUUCUUCGGCGAGGGUACGAGGACGGAACGCUGGUAACCGAUUUCAAGGCCACCAUUAUCAGUACCGUGAAACUGGAGAUUGAUGAGUUCGAGAUCAAAAUCCCCCGACCUGCAGGUUUUGAUCAAGAGACGUGUACGGUUUCCUUGGAGACACCAAACCAAAAGGAUGGAGGCGUGUCAGAGCCUCUGGAAGUCAGCAAGCUUUUGCAGUAUCUAAGGUGUACCGAUCGAGACCAAGCUCCCAACAUCGAGAAGUCACAUUUCGCGCAGGGCUUCAACAUCUGGCUGCGCCACUUCUCCAAGUCGUAUCAGUUCGAUAGCGGCACAGAUAGCAGGCCUAUUCUUGGUAGCGGGCAGGUCGUUGUGGGCAGCAAGGCAUAUCCCAUGAAUGUCACAUCUCAAUUAGAGAACCACAUCACGGCUGAGCUCCGGAGCGGAGUCACGGCAAUCAGGGGUUACUUUUCUAGUGUUCGCCUUGCUGAAAACAGGCUUCUUGUCAAUAUCAAUGUUAGCCACGGGGCGUUCUACAAACCAGGAAAAUUCACCGACUUACUUCCAAACCCUCUCUCGGGCCAACUGCUGCAGGCUCUUCACAACUGUUACAAAGGUGCUCGCGUGGAUCUUGAAGAUUUCGGGAGAAGGGAUGAGCACGGCAGGUCGUUGCCGUUCAUCAAAGUCAUCGCCGGACUGGCUGCACCAGACGAUGGGGUACCCAAGACUAACAAAGAACGGGACGAGCCGUAUCCGGAGAAGCGACCCAGGAGAGUCGACGGCUCUGAACUGAUAGGAGGCGAUCGAUGCUGUCACUUGCAGUUCUGGAGGGAAGACAGAGACUCGCCAGGAGGAGGGUUUUACCAAACAGUCUCUGAUUAUUUCACAGAAAAAAACGCGGAACGACAAAAAAAGGGGCUCCCCGCAUUCAAGUUCAGAAAAGACGAUUUGGCCGUGAAUUUGGGAAAGAGGGCCAAUCCAAUGUACUAUCCAGCAAGUUUCUGCACGGUACUUCCCGGCCAAAGCUACAAACUCAAGCUCAACCCCCACCAGACCACGGCAAUGCUGAAUUUCGCUGUGCUUCUCCCUGCCCGCAGUGUCGAGUGCAUUCUCAAAGACGGCCUCGAAAUCAUCGGCCUAGCAAGACGAUCCCCAUCGAAGUUGUUGUUUGCGCCCAAAAGACAAUCGGACUUCCUCAACUCUGGAGAGCAAUUGAUCACCGUCGACGGCCGCCAACUGCGCUUUCCAAGAAUCAGCUACGGCGGCAAAGGGGAUCAUAGCUUCAAUGCCAAGAACGCCGCCUGGAACCUGUUCGAUGCCAGGUUACUUUACACAAAUCCGACUCAGAUGCCACCAUGGGGCAUCAUGUUUUUCUUUAUCAUGCUCAACACUCAAGACUCGGUAUUUUAUCAGGAGCUGAAGACGCAUUUCGAGACCCAAUCCGGCACAAGAGGAGUGUACACGGUGUGCAUGGUUAAGGACAAAGUGCCGAGAGAAGGGGAUGCCAACAAGUUGGCGCAGUUCCUUGACAAUAUCAUGCUGAAAGUCAACCUGAAACUCGGAGGGAGCAAUCAUUCGGUGGGAUUCACUGGGGAUCAGAUCGUGAAACAAGGAAACACCAUGAUAGUUGGCCUUGACGUGACGCACCCGCCGCCAGGAUCCGCGGAGACUGUGCCUAGUGUGGCCGGGAUGGUUGCCAGCAUGGACAAAAAUCUCGGACAAUGGCCAGCAACAUUCUCGCUGCAGGGGAACAGGGAGGAAGAGGUUACAGCCGAGUCCUUUCGCCUCCUGAUCGGCCCUCACUUGGUCAGAUGGAGAGGCCCGAAAAAGGGAGGGAAAUAUCCCGAGAACAUCAUUGUAUACCGCGAUGGUGUCUCCGAGGGCCAGUAUAACCAUGUCUUGAAGGAGUUCCAUUUUCUCAAGAUUGCCUGCGAGAACGAGUACAGGAAGAUUGGCACCAAAAGCCCGAGGAUCACAAUCGUCGUGGUCGGAAAACGACAUCACACUCGAUUCUUCCCAAUCAACCAGGCGAGCGGCGACAGGAAUGGUAACCCAAUGCCCGGUACCUUGGUGGAUCGUGGAGUCACGAGCCAGUUCAUAUGGGAGUUUUACCUGCAGGCUCACAAGGCCCUGAAGGGGACAGCACGCCCGGCACACUAUGUGGUAGUUGUUGAUGAGAUAUUUCGUGGACUCGACAUGAACGGGCCAGUGUUCCAGGGCACGGGGCUUAGGGGCCCUGGAGAUGUUCUCGAGAACCUCACACAUGCCCUCUCAUAUAUGCUGGGCCGCUCUACCACAGCCACUGCCGUCUGCGCACCGGUCCUCUUCGCCGACAAGGCUUGCAACCGUGCGCGCGCCUACCUGAACUGCUUGAUCAAAAUUCCUGCCAAUCAGCGACAAGCUAUCGGUCCAGACAGCAUCCGGGUGGUGGCGCCUAUGGGAGAUAAAAUGUUUUAUAUUUAG